GUUGGGUCCAGGCUGCCCCGGCCAGCCGAGCCCUGGUGCAGCGGUGCUCGGACCUCGCGUGCUCAGGAUGGCGGGCUACUUGAGGGCUGUGCGCUCGCUUCGCAGAGCCCGGUGCUCCGCGCCUGCUUGGGCGCCGGCCGCCCUCACAGUCCCCAGCUUGCCGGAGCAGCCGCGGCGCCACUAUGCUGGCAAGAGGAUCAAGGUGGAGAAGCCGGUGGUGGAGAUGGAUGGUGAUGAGAUGACUCGAAUCAUCUGGCAGUUCAUUAAGGAGAAGCUCAUUCUGCCCCACGUGGAUGUCCAGCUCAAGUAUUUUGACCUCGGGCUUCCAAAUCGUGACCAGACCAACGACCAGGUCACUAUUGACUCUGCGCUAGCCACCCAGAAGUACAGUGUGGCUGUCAAGUGUGCCACUAUCACCCCUGAUGAGGCACGUGUGGAAGAGUUCAAGCUGAAGAAGAUGUGGAAGAGCCCUAAUGGAACCAUCCGGAACAUCCUUGGGGGAACUGUGUUCCGAGAGCCAAUCAUCUGCAAAAACAUCCCGCGCCUUGUCCCUGGCUGGACCAAGCCCAUCACUAUUGGCAGGCACGCCCAUGGUGACCAGUACAAGGCCACAGACUUUGUUGUAGAUCGAGCUGGUACGUUCAAGAUAGUCUUCACCCCAAAGGACGGCAGCAGUGCCAAGGAGUGGGAGGUGUACAACUUUCCUGCAGGCGGUGUGGGCAUGGGGAUGUACAACACCGAUGAGUCCAUCUCCGGCUUUGCACACAGCUGCUUCCAGUACUCUAUCCAGAAGAAGUGGCCGCUGUACUUAAGCACCAAGAACACCAUUCUGAAGGCCUAUGACGGGCGUUUCAAGGACAUCUUCCAGGAGAUCUUUGACAAGCACUACAAGACUGACUUUGACAAGAAUAAGAUCUGGUAUGAGCACCGGCUCAUUGACGACAUGGUGGCUCAAGUGCUCAAGUCUUCAGGAGGCUUUGUGUGGGCCUGCAAGAACUAUGAUGGCGAUGUACAGUCGGACAUCCUGGCGCAGGGCUUUGGCUCCCUUGGCCUGAUGACGUCAGUGCUGGUUUGCCCUGACGGAAAGACUAUCGAGGCUGAGGCCGCUCACGGGACAGUCACCCGCCAUUACCGAGAGCAUCAGAAGGGCCGGCCCACCAGUACCAACCCUAUCGCUAGCAUCUUUGCCUGGACACGGGGUCUAGAGCAUCGAGGGAAGCUGGAUGGGAACCAGGACCUCAUCAGGUUUGCACAGACGCUGGAGAAGGUAUGCGUGGAGACCGUGGAGAGUGGAGCUAUGACCAAGGACCUGGCUGGCUGCAUUCAUGGCCUCAGCAAUGUGAAGCUGAACGAGCACUUCUUGAACACAACCGACUUCCUGGACACCAUCAAGAGCAACCUGGACAGAGCGCUGGGCAAACAGUAGGGGCAGACAUUGCCCAAGUCCCAGCGUGGACUGGCAAGCCGAGGGCAGUGGGUACUCCGUACAUGGUGGAGGGUGAGCCUCACAGCCCUUCUCUCUGGAGGCCUUUCUAGGGGACUUUUUUUUAAAUAAUCUGGAUGUUUUAAAAGUAUGAGUGCAUUUCCCUUCAUGGUGAUGUGAGGCAGAAAUGGUGUGCUUUACCUCAGUCAGUCAGUAUGUUUUGCAUACUGUAAUUUAUAUUGCCCUUGGAACACAUGGUGCCAUAUUUAGCUACUAAAAAGCUCUUCACAAA